AUGAGCAGUAGGUUUGAGGACAACAUCUCUAACACAUCCGGAUGUAAAAGUAAAUCGCCAACUUUGUUCUCCUCGUAUUGUAUAGAUAGCAUAUUGGGCAGGAGGAGCCCAUGUAAAGAGAAACUGACGGACAAGCAAAGUACGCCAAAGCUGCCGGACAGAACUGAACACGACUUAAAGGCAGACGCCUGUGCUAAAGAUGGCACUUCUUUCGUCUCGGAGAUUCACCUACCAUCAAAACAGCGCCGGCAAUACGGUCGUGAAGGGAAUGGUUUGGACACCGACGUUGACUUUCUGGAACUUGGUGACAAGGGACAACAACGGGAGAAGUUGCCUGGCCAGACCUGUGAUCAUCUAAAAAUUGUUCAGGCGCCUCAGGUCAGUAUAAGCCGCAGCAAGUCAUACAGGGAGAACGCGUCUUUCAACCAGAACACUGGAGUCAAAGAGCUCGGUGCUGAAGUCGUUGAAUUGGACGCGCUGAAGAUUGAAGUCGGCGCUGUGAAAAAAGAAGGAUGCCGGGAAGUGGAAUUGUCUUCGAAGGUGGAAGAGGGACUUAACGGUAAUGUGGAUUUAAAGGACGGAGAGGAGAGCGUGUGCUUGUCCGCCGGCAGUGAUUCGGAGGACGGGAUGCUAAAGCGCAAGCAGAGAAGAUACAGAACUACAUUCACCAGUUACCAGCUAGAAGAGCUCGAACGGGCUUUCCAGAAGACACACUACCCAGACGUGUUCACCAGAGAAGAACUGGCGAUGCAGUUAGACCUCACAGAAGCGCGUGUACAAGUGUGGUUCCAGAACCGGAGGGCCAAGUGGAGGAAGCGGGAGAAGGCGGGUGUCCCCCCCCACCGGCCCGUCCUGUCGUUUCCCAGUCCGGUUGUAGCAGCCCACCCUCUCAGCCGCUUCCUGGAGGGGGGUCUGUGCGCGCUGCGCCCCCACCCUGCCCUGGAGUCCGCGUGGGCCGCUGCUGCUGCCUCCCCGUUCCCGGGGCUCCCUCCCCCGCCUGCGGGAUCCGCCGGCCCCGUCGGGCUCGGCAGCUUCCUGGGUGCCGCCGUGUUCCGACAUCCCGCUUUCAUCACCCCGAACUUCGGCAGACUGUUCUCCAGCGUGGGACCUCUGAGCAGCGGCUCCGCAGCGGUGUCUCUUCUGAGGCACCCCGCCCCCUCGGUGGAGCCCCCGUCCCGGACGGCCCUUUGGGCAGAACUGUCCCCCGCCUCUGCCGAUCAGCGGACGUCCAGCAUCGCGGCCCUCCGCCUCAAAGCCAGAGAACACUCCGCCCAGCUCACCCAGCUGAAUGUCCACACCUCCAGCGGGGCUGGGAAGGAGGUGUGCUGA